AUGCUAGAUGGCAAAGGAGGCUUUGUCCCGUUGCCAUCAGAAAGGAUCAUCCAUAAGUCAUCACCAAGAAUUAGUCUCGCCAUAACGACCCCAUCGACAUAUCCGGGGAACAAUCCGUUGGCGAUCCACUGCAGCUCUGGCAUCGUCUAUUUGACCAAUCAAAGAAUAGUAUAUUUGCCAGAGAAACCCACAUCAGAGUUCAAAUCAUUCUCUGCGCCACUACUCAAUCUGCACGACACGCAUCUUACUGUUCCUUGGUUUGGUCCUAAUGCAUGGCAGGCGGUCUUACAGCCGGUUCCUGGUGGCAACAUCCCGGCAACGCAGGCGGCUGUUGAGCUCAAGUUGACUUUCAAAGAAGGCGGAGCUCCUGAUUUUCAUUCGACCUUUGAGCAGAUCAAAGAAAGACUCCAGCAAGUCGUGUCCGCAGCGAGGGAGAGCAACGUGACUGGCUCACGGCAAGAUGCUUUCUUAGGCAACGUGAAUCUGGACAAUGUCCAUCUCGACCAGUUGCCUUCAUAUAACGAAUCUGAGCAUGAUGCAAUAGCUCCAAACCAAUCCAGCACCACCGGUGAGGAUGCGAAUUCCCCUAUUCUGACGAGCCCUCUCGCGGCUCCCGAGUCGAGGCGAGCUGGAACACCUCGCGAGGAAGCCCAGGCACCGAGCGACGCGCCCCCUGGCUAUGAAGAGACACAGCAGCAGAGCAUCCAGGCUGAGUUGGAUCGGAGAUUGUCGGAGACUCGCGGCUGA